CAAUAUUAAGAUAGCAAAAGUCGACCAAGCUAUAGAAGAGCAAGCAGAACUGUGCUAUGUAAUAGCAACUUUCAUUUAAAACUCCCUUGCUAUGCAUCGAAGGUCAGUGAUCCACGGGGUCAAAGCACUUUACGCGCUCCUCGACGCGUUCCACCCACCACCCCCGGUCCCACUUUCGCACAGAGCAACAUCACCACCUCUGCGACAGCCUCCUCCACGACUCCAUAGCACAAAGGCCACCACCCUUCGAACUCAUCUUAGCUGCUAGUCACCUCGCUCGCCAUGCCGGCCCGGAAAAGCAAUGCAUCCAUGGUCUCCAACCCUGAGGACGACGGUCCACCACGGCCACCAAAGGACGGACUGAGUGUUGAGGACCUCAGUCUACCCCGAACGAUGGUCCAAAGGCUCGCGAAAGGCGUCCUCCCGCCGAAUACACAGAUACAGAAGGAUGCGCUGCUCGCUAUGUCGAAAGGCGCAACCGUCUUCGUCAACUACCUCACGAACACGUCCUGGGAAAACACGAUGCGCGGCGGCAAGAAAACCAUAAACCCCAAAGACGUCCUCGAUGCUGUAAAAGAGCUAGAGUUCGAGGCCUUCCUCCCCCGGUUGGAAGCCGAGUUACAGAAAUACAACGCGAUUCAAUGCGACAAGCGCAACACCUACCGGAAGAAAAUCCGCGAUGCCAAUAAAGCAGCAAAAGCGUCGAAUCCCGAUGGCAUAGACCCAACCGAGGAGCCUUCUGCCAUUAGUACAAAUGGAAACGGCCACCGCGCGGACGACGACUCGCCCCCUGCUGCGAAGAAGGCGAGGCGAUCAAGCAUGGGGGCGGACGGGAGCGAGGGCGAUGACACUGACGGGAACAUGGGCGAACAAGCAGAGGAAGACCAGCCGGAUGAAGAGCACGAGGACGAUGACGUCGAAGACGAUGAGGAAGGGGAGGAGAAUGGCGGAGAGACGCAGCUCACGGAAGAUCCGCUCGAGAUACGUGACGACGACAUGGGCAACGAGAGCUCUGACAGUGAUGAGAGUGACUGAGUUCGGCACUCUUGGGUUUUGCUAAAGUGUUGGCGUUUUGGCAAUGGUGGUGCAUAAGAUGGCGUUAUAGUUGAAUAUUUGGUCUGGAAUAACAGUUUAACUUUGUGGUAGUUCUGAGCUCGUUUGAAGUCAACAGCAUAGAACAAUCAUGUUCGAAUAUUCGUGAUUUUGCUAUUGAGUGCAAACGGAGCACAGCUGUGUCAGCGCUUGAGCUAGACUAUUCU